GUGUAUAUGGUGUGGCCACCCAAGGUGUGGUUUUGAUUUCUUCUUCGCAUCCGAGAGUUCCUUCUCCUUUCUCUCUCUACAUUCAUUCACUCUUUCUUGAAUCUCUAAUAAAUAUUACCAAUAUAUAUCAUCAUCAUCAUCAAGAAAAUUAGGUAUAUUCAACUUCGAAGCUUUUCUAGUUCCUCCCACCAAAAUUUUUAUUUUAUUUUUUCAUUCUGAUCUUUUCCCUGUUCCUCCUCCUACAAUAUAUCCAUUUUCAAUUUUCAAUUUCAAAUUUCCCUUAAAUUUCGCCUCAAUUAUCGAUCUAUCUUAUUUCUUUCCAAUUUUUGUUUUGCCUCUCGCCAUUAGCUUCAAAUUGUGUAUCUUUUUGUUAUCUGUAUUAUCUGGCCGAAGAUCAGAAGCUGUUUGUAGGAUUAGAGCCUCUCUUUCUACAUCUCUGUGUGUAUAUAAAUAAAUAUAUAUAAUAUAUAUUGUAUAUAUAUAAUUAUUUUGACACACACAUAUACAAAGAAUUGUGGGUAUAAUCUAGGGGUUUCUGUUAGGGUGUUUGUUUGUGAAUGGAAGACACAAAAAAAUUGGAAUAAAAGUGAGGAGGGUUGAAGAUAGAGAAGGGAAAGAAAAUGCUAUACUUGAAGCAGCCAAACUUCAUGAUGGGGUGCAUAUGGCGGGAAAGUCGGUGAGUUUCUCAGUUGAAUGCGAGUCUGAUUGCUUCCCGAGCCCGAGGCUCGGGAUCUGAACCCUAAUGGCGUCGGAGAAUGGGAGCCCCCUGCUCACUCUGACAAACACCGAAGACGAAUCCUCCUCUCCCGCAUCCCAGGCCUGUAUGCAGAAAUUCAGGCUAUACGAGACUCGAUCGAAAUUUUAUAUGAUAGGAAGAGAUAAGAGUAGAACAUACUGGAGAGUUUUAAAGAUUGACAGGUUGGAGCCUUCUGAGCUAAACAUCCGUGAAGAUUCUACUACAUAUACAGAGAUUGAAUGCUCUGACCUGUUGAGAAGGAUACACGAGGGAAACAGGUCAACCGGAGGCCUUAAAUUUGUCACUACUUGUUACGGAAUUGUUGGGUUCAUUAGAUUUCUGGGGCCUUAUUACAUGCUGCUUAUUACGAAACGAAGGCAGAUUGGUGCAAUUUGUGGCCAUACCAUCUAUGCUGUCUCCAAGAGUGAGAUGAUUCCACUUCCAAAUUCUGCAGUUCUAGACAACAUGGUUGAAUCUAAGAAUGAGAACAGAUACAAGAAGCUCCUGAGCAUGGUGGAUCUUACAAAGGACUUCUUUUUCAGCUACUCAUACCAUGUUAUGCGGAGUUUUCAAAAGAAUAUGUGUUAUAGUGAGCCAGGACCGGUUCUCUAUGAAACUAUGUUCGUCUGGAAUGAGUUCUUGACUCAUGGAGUUCGGAAUCUCCUUCAGAAUACUAUUUGGACAGUUGCUUUGGUCUAUGGUUUUUUUAAACAGGCUACAUUAUCUAUAUCCGGGCGGGACUUCAAGCUGACUCUCAUUGCAAGACGUUCACGUCAUUAUGCUGGCACCAGAUAUCUAAAACGAGGUGUAAAUGAGAAGGGCAGAGUUGCAAAUGAUGUUGAGACAGAACAGAUUGUUUUUGAGGAUGUUCCUGAAGGGUUUCCGAUGCAAAUUAGUUCUGUCGUUCAAAACCGUGGCUCAAUCCCUCUUUUCUGGUCUCAAGAAACUUCACGCCUGAAUAUCAAACCUGAUAUUAUAUUGUCAAAGAAGGACCAAAAUUAUGAGGCCACCAGACUUCAUUUUGAAAAUCUUGGCAAGAGAUAUGGAAAUCCCAUAAUCAUUUUGAAUUUGAUUAAGACGCAUGAAAAGAAGCCAAGAGAAUCUAUUCUCCGAGCAGAGUUUGCUAAUGCGAUUGAAUUUAUAAAUAAAGAUUUAUCAGAGGAGAACCGUCUUAAGUUUCUUCACUGGGAUUUACACAAACAUUCUCGCAGUAAAGCUACAAAUGUCUUGCUACUUUUGGGCAAAGUUGCUGCAUAUGCAUUGACACUUACAGGUCUCUUUUAUUGUCAAGUAGCACCAGCCAUGAGGUCUGAGGGGUGUUUAAAAUGUCCUUAUUUUGAGGAUGAUGAUGAUAACAGUCUGUCUCCCUCUACACAUUGCAAAAUCAAUAUCGAAAAACAUUAUGACAAUGACAACGAAGAUGCUAAUAACUCAGACACAAAACUUUAUGAGAGUAACUCCAUGGCUAAUGGAAAUCAUCCUGUUAAGCCACCCAUGUUCCAAAAGGGGGUUCUCAGGACCAAUUGCAUCGACUGCUUAGACCGCACAAAUGUUGCACAGUAUGCAUAUGGGUUGGCUGCUCUUGGAAAGCAACUCCGUUCUCUUGGAGUCAUAGACGCUGCAAAGAUAGACCUCGAUGACCCUAUAGCUGAUGAAUUGAUGGGGUUCUACGAGAGAAUGGGUGACACACUUGCGCACCAGUAUGGUGGCUCAGCCGCGCACAACAAGAUAUUCUCCCAGAGAAGGGGCCAGUGGCAAGCCGCAACACAAUCCCAGGAAUUCUUCAGGACUCUUCAGCGGUACUACAGCAAUGCGUACAUGGAUGCUGAGAAACAAAAUGCAAUUAAUGUAUUCUUGGGGUAUUUCCAGCCGCAACAGGGUAAACCUGAACUCUGGGAGUUGGAUUCUGACCAGCAUUACAGUGGAUGGAGAAAUGGACAAACAAAUGUGGUUGAAAAUGGAAGGUCAUUUUUCAAAAGAUCCAUGUCAGAUGGAAACAUCCUCCGUGAAAGAUCAUCCAUGUCUAGCUCAAACAUGAAGCAGGACCUUUGUAACUCUGUAUUAUCUGGUAUGUCACAAGGAGGAAAUAACAUUCUUUCAGAAUCGACGCCAGAAAUAUCAAGUUGUGAAAGUGGUGAUAUGACGUUUUCAAGAUAUACUCCCUUGAUGCCUCGAAGGCACCUUUUUCGAGAUAUGCAAAGAGACAGAUACCCUGACGAUGAUCAUGGGGAUGCAUUUGACUGCUCCAACUUUGUUGAUUUAGAUUGGCUAUCCUCCUCUGGAAAUUCAUGUGAGGAAGAUUUAUAUGAGAGGUCAACAAUAACGAACUCUCCAAUUGCUGGGUUGUCGUCAGAGAAUGUCAUCAAUGGAGUUGUUGGGGAUAUGACCCCAUCUACCAGUGAAUGUGGAUCUAGCAUAAAGGGGAGGGAGCAGACUGCAAUGGAGCUAUCCUAUGAUGAAACCCAGUGUUUAGAGGUUCUUGAGGAAUUUUCGGAUAGUUUUGUGCGCUGGGUAACCUAUGGAGAGACACUCUGCCACUGAAGUUUGGAUCAGGUUCUUGGUAUCAGUAAUUCUUCCAUCCUCGUUCGUGUCAACAUGCCAUUUUGCAUGGGAAUGGUAGAGCUUAGAGGUGGUAAUGGAAACAAGAAGGAAAGAAAGCAGUGGUACCGGCACCCUUUUUUCCCCCCCCAAGUAGCUAUUGGCCCGCUCCUCAUGUAUGUCUUGCAGCGUUAAUUUGUUCAUGGAAAUCUCAAUCGGAACCUGAUACCAUAGUACACAGAGUAAAUAGCCGAAAGUUUAAAGAUUCUUUUUGGAGCGCAAUUUUUUUUUUGUUUUUUUUGUUUUUUGUUUUCCUGGGCACUGUUUUAUGGACUUGGUAUGCUCCAAUGCUGUAAAUAUAUAAAUGUUCGGGAGCCCCAUUGUUACAACUUUAGGUCAUUGAUUCUUUAUAUCCAUUCAUGUUAAUCUGUGUCUAAUUAAUAUUGCAAAUAAGUUUAAGAUCCAAUGAUUUAGUGCGGUAAUGACAA